UACCCCCCCGUGCUGAAGAAGGGCGACCUCGAUUUUGGGAGCCCAGUCGACGGUUCGACGGUCCCGGGAUGCGAACGUGUCUGCUGGGGUUCUUGGUCACGGCGGCGCUGGCCGCCGCUCAACAAGUCGCCGAGUCAUCGUCGUCACCGCUCUCAGCCGCAACGGACACCGGACGGCAGCAGGAUAGAGCUCAGGUGGAGCAGCAGUGGAGCCAAAUGGAGAAGGCCUUGCGUACUGCGGCCGAGUCCGCGGUCGGAAAGGUGUUUCCCACGCUCGUAAAGGCAAGCAGCGAGGCCGAGGUGUCGGGGGACUGCCAAGCCGCCCUCCUCAAGGUCAUCCUCGGUGUCCGGCGCCUCAAGGACUGGGCCAUCCGAUUGGUGGACUCCAGCGGCAAGCUGCCCAUGGGCAUCAUGACUGGCUCCGUGGCGGCGCUGGGCGCUUACGACCAGUGCCUGAGCGUGCACUACGACGACGACACCCAUGACCCGAUUGUGGGGAGGUACUGCACCCUAAACAUCCAAUUUCCGUACCUGCCCAGGACAUUCAAGAACUCGUCUGAGAUUAUCAAGGAGAAAGACUCGUUUAUGCACUGGGUCUACAACUACGGCAAGUGGAUGAAGUACUUUCCCAUUCGUAUUGGAAUCUGCCUGCCGUCACAUUGUGUCAAGGAGGACCUGGAGAAGCUGGGAAAAUACAUUGUGAAGCCGGUGAACAUGAAAUCCUGGGUCGGGACAUGCGAGGGCAAAACGCCAACUAAGAUAACCACCCUCCAAGUUGUGGUUUUGAGUAUACUGGGCGCACUGCUGGUACUCGUAUUCCUCGGAACCUGCAUCGACCGAAUGUGCGGCCCGAAGAAGGCAGAGAAACCCAACUCACAGUCCGGUCACCUUGGCUUGGCAACCAAGAUGCUGGCCAGCUUUUCAUUCGUGGCCAACACAAGGAAGCUGCUGUACCCAAGGAGGAGCCGGGACACCCUGUGUGUCCUGCAUGGAAUUCGAGUUCUGUCUUGCUUGUGGAUCAUCCUGGGGCAUACCUACUUCUUGGCAGACAUCGUCAGCUUCAUCCGAUUCAAAAGACUGAAAACCCUGGAGGACCUCAAUACUGAUGUCGCGUUCACGGCCAUAGAGAACUUUCUGCCCGUGGACACCUUCUUUUUUAUUAGCGGCCUUUUGAUUGUAUACUCCAACUGGGGAAGGCUGGAGAAGAAGAAAGGCAAGCUCAACGUCUUGUCCGCCUUCCUGCAACGGUUCUGGAGGAUGACCCCUUCGUACAUGCUGGUCGUGGGAGUGUUCCUCCUCUUGCCCCUGGUCGGGUCCGGUCCCCUCUGGAAGGAGACGAUGGACCCGCUGCUUGAGAACUGCAUGCAGUCCUGGUGGACCAACCUGCUCUACGUCAGCAAUUAUCUGCCCUAUGACAAAAUGUGUCUGCUGCACACGUGGUUUCAAGCGGUCAAUAUGCAGUUUUUCAUCAUCGCACUUCCCCUUCUGCUAUUUGUUUACAAGUGCAGGGUGCUGGGUUUAACCUUGGUGGUCUCAUUGUGUUUGAUUUCGACGCUGGCUGUUGGACUCAUCACGUACUUCUUCCAACUGCCACCGGCGUUGCUUCUCAGCACUUCGGAAUGGAGCAAAGCGGUGCAGCACCUCAACCUGAUCUACUUCCAGCCGUUCACGCACUUCGGGCCCUUUUGCGUGGGGCUCUUUUGCGGCUACUAUCUCAUCCAGAACAAGGGCAUUACUCUCAAACCCACCACGCUGGUUGUGGGCUGGCUGUCCGCCCUGGUGUGCGCGCUGGUGGCUCUUCUGGGAGCGUACCCGUUCCGGGCGGGUUACGACGUGGACAGCGUCUUGAUGGCCUUCUACGCAGCCAUGCACAGGACCGUCUGGUGCGUGGCCGUCGCUUGGCUCACCGUCGCCUGCGAGCUGGGACACGGCGGGCUUUUAAACGAGACGCUUUCCUGGAGGGGCCUGGUGCCUCUCAGCACUCUUUCGUACCUCAUUUACCUGAUUCAUCCUCUGGUCGUCUACGUUCACGUCGCCACUACCAGGGAAAUCGUCAACCUCGAUCACUUCACCAUGUGCUACAGUUUCCUAGGCCAUGCGACCAUUUCCGUUGGACUGGCGUACGUGGCUCACGUCGUGGUGGAGCUGCCCUUCGCUUCCCUCAAGGAUAUCGUUUGGCGGCGAAGCUCGUCCACGACGACGACGGACCCCCGACAGUGCUGCCCCACGUUGGGCGCCAAAGGGCCCGAACUGCACACGGUAUGCGUGCCGGGACUCAAUGGCGCCGUCAGGCAGCAGCCGCUGGACUUGGGCUUGCCUACCAGGGCGUAGCGACAUCAUCCGACGUCGUUUGGUGUCUUGUUUUCUCAUGCGCCAUAUGUACAUUGACUCUUUAUAUUAUAAUACGUGCCGUACGGUGAGAGUUGGACGAUUAGUUUUCGUUUGGGUGUGGAACGCGACUUACGCUGCCUGCUUUCGUGCAGCGAGACGAGUAAGUUUCUAGUGGGACGACGGAAAGACUGUGGGAGACGUUAAGGACCGUAGAUCUCGAAAGCCGGAGCAGCUCCGGUAAAUGAGUGAAACCGCGAUCGCAAUAAAGUAAGUAGUUAAACUUG